GAAAAAUGUUAAAAGGUAUUUAAAAAAUAUAUUGAACUCUAAGUCUAAAAUAAGUCUAAAUGUCUAAAAAUAUUAACUAAUAAAAUAGAACAGCAUAUGUUAAUUAAGCAGAGCAGCAUAGUCCUCUAGCGUAUUUUUACUGGAUUUAAUAUGGCUUCUUCUGUGAUUGCAACAGCAACAGUGCGUGCUAUUAAAGGCAGAAAAAUACUCGCUACAAGAGCCGCUCUUACUUUAACACCAAAUGCAGUGAAAAAAAUUAAGGAGUUGCUGAAAGAUAAAAGCAAAUAUAUCGGACUAAAAGUAAGUGUGAAACAACGAGGAUGUAAUGGGCUUAGUUACACUCUUGAUUAUGCCACAGACAAAUCUAAACUUGACGAGGAAGUUGUUCAAGAUGGUGUUCGUAUUAUAAUCGACAAAAAGGCACAGUUGUCUCUUUUAGGUACUGAAAUGGACUAUGUAGAAAAUAAAUUAAGUUCUGAAUUUAUUUUCAACAACCCAAAUAUUAAAGGAACUUGUGGAUGUGGAGAAAGUUUCUCCGUUUAGUCAAUUCAAUUGUAGAUAUUGUAGUUAAAAUAGAUAAUUAUGACAAAAUGAAUGAAUAGCAAUUCCACGAAAUAGUGACUUCAUGGGAUGUUUUGUUAACUUUGGUAUGAUCUCGUUCAAUAUUCGUUACUGACAUUUUCAAUUUAGAUGAUGACCCUGAUUAAUAUAAUGUGUACAUCAUGGCAAAAAGAGGCUGAACUAAGUAGGAUCCUUAUUUAAGACAUGCAAAUAUGACCGGGUGUUGUAAUAUACGUAAAAUUGUCCUGAAAACAUAUUUUAUUUUUCUUCUUUAUUAAAAUUAUUUAAUAUGUAAUAUCACUGAAUUUGUUUCAUUUUUUCUGCAAGUUGUUAAGCAAUUACCAAAUUUUUAAAGUACAAUUUGAAAUAUAAAAUAAAUAUUACAUUAUUUGAAGUUUUUUAUUCGAAUGAUUCUUGAUACUUUCCUCAAUUAA